AUGUUCUCUUUCCAGAAAUGGAAGUGCUCAUGGUCCUUAGUUGCUUCUGUUGCAUCAAUUCUGGCUAUGGUAUCUGUUAUUCAUCUGUUUGUAUACCCAGUCGUGCCGCCUUUGGAUUAUUUUGGACUCAGGCAGGCACAAAGCUCUUGCCUUGGUUCGAAUGAAGGAACCGAUGAAAGUUCUAAAGAAGACACUCGGCCGAUGGUUGACUUAAAUGUUCGCUAUCCGGCUGACUUACACGAGGCUGUGACUUUCAAUGGUGCUCCAUGGAAGGCUGAGAUCGGGCGGUGGUUAUCUGGCUGUGGCGCAAAUAUCACGGCUGUUGAAAUUGUUGAGAAUAUUGGAGGCAAGAGCUGCAAAAAUGAAUGCAGUGGUCAAGGCGUUUGUAAUCGUGAGUUGGGUCGAUGCCGCUGUUUUCAUGGAUUCAGUGGGGACGGAUGUUUGGAAAAACUGCAGUUAAACUGCAAUUAUCCUGGUUCUGAAAAAGAACCUUAUGGCCCCUGGGUCGUUUCCAUUUGUUCUGCUCACUGUGAUACGUCCCGAGCCAUGUGCUUUUGCGGAGAAGGUACAAAAUACCCAAAUCGCCCUGUUGCCGAGGCAUGUGGAUUUAAGAUAAAUCCACCUUCUGAACCCGGGGCCCCAAGUAUUACUGAUUGGACUGUGGCCGAUCAGACUAUCUUCACUACAAAUCGUAGUGAACGAGGUUGGUGCAAUGUGGAUCCAGCUGAAGCCUAUGAUUCGAAGGUUGCUUUCAAGGAAGAGUGUGAUUGCAAGUAUGACGGGCUUUCGGGCCGGUUUUGUGAGGUGAAUGUGCAAAGCGUUUGCAUAAACCAGUGCUCUGGCCUUGGAUUUUGCCGAGGUGGCUUUUGUCAGUGUAAAAACGGAUGGUACGGAGUAGAUUGCAGUACUCCUUCUGUUUUAUCAUCCAUUACAGAAUGGCCCGAGUGGUUGCGACCUGCAAAUGUUAAUGUUCCAGAAGGCGCACAACUCACGAGAAAAAAUCUGGUCAAUCUCAGUGCUGUAGUUCAUAAAAAAAGGCCUCUUAUUUAUGUUUAUGAUUUGCCCCCUGAUUUCAAUAGCCAACUUAUGGAGGGACGGCAUUUCAAGUUAGAGUGUGUAAAUAGAAUUUAUGACGACCGAAAUGCUACAAUAUGGACCGAUCUACUAUAUGGCGCCCAGAUGGCUAUCUAUGAAAGUUUAUUAGCGAGCCCUCACAGGACAUUAAAUGGUGAUGAAGCAGAUUAUUUUUUUGUCCCGGUGCUCGAUUCGUGUAUCAUAACUCGCGCGGAUGAUGCUCCUCACUUCAACAUGAAGGAUCACCGUGGAAUGCGAAGUUCCUUAACAUUGGAGCUAUAUAAAAAGACCUACGAGCACAUCAUGUUGCAAUAUCCUUACUGGAACCGAACCUCAGGGAAAGAUCACAUAUGGUUCUUUUCGUGGGAUGAAGGUGCUUGCUAUGCCCCUAAGGAAAUAUGGAACAGCAUGAUGUUAGUCCACUGGGGAAACACGAAUUCUAAGCACAAUCACUCAACUACUGCUUAUUGGGGUGAUAAUUGGGACGGUAUUUCUCCCGAUAGAAGAGGUAAUCAUCCGUGUUUCGACCCACGGAAAGAUCUCGUGCUCCCUGCUUGGAAACGUCCCAAUGAACAGUCUCUAGGUGCCAGGCUAUGGGCAAGGACCCGUGAGGAGAGGAAGACAUUUUUCUAUUUUAACGGAAAUUUAGGACCAGCUUAUGAAAACGGAAGGCCUGAAGCUACAUAUAGCAUGGGUAUAAGGCAGAAAGUGGCUGAGGAGUUCGGGUCGAGCCCCGACAAGAAAGGGAAGCUUGGGAAACAGCAUGCAGAUGAUGUAAUCGUGACAUCAUUACGUACAUAUAAUUACCAAGAACAAUUGGCAAGCUCGGUUUUUUGUGGGGUCAUGCCGGGAGAUGGGUGGAGUGGUCGAAUGGAAGAUAGUAUACUGCAAGGCUGUAUUCCUGUGGUUAUUCAAGAUGGGAUCUAUCUACCAUACGAGAAUAUCCUCAAUUACGAAAGCUUUGCUGUUCGGAUUCGUGAAGAUGAAAUCCCGAAUCUGAUAAAUAUUUUACGGAGCAUAAACGAGACCGAAGUAGAACUCAAACUGGCGAAUGUGAAGAAGAUAUGGCAGAGAUUCUUGUAUAUUGAUUCUAUUAUGCUCGAAGCCCAGAGGCAAAAUGCCACCAUUGGCCUAGUCGAAGAUUGGGCUGUAAAAUCCUCCCAACUUAAUGGAGAUGAUGUAUUCGCCACACUCUUGCAGGUGUUGCAUUACAAGCUGCAUAAUGAUCCUUGGAGAAGAGAGUUAGUGCACCUGAAGAAGAAAGAAUUCGGUUUACCAAGAGAAUGUUUGAUAAGUCGAUAA